AAAAAUUAAUAGUAACUAUAUAUCAGUGCCAGCCCUAAAAUAGUACUCCUCUCUCUCAAAAUCUCCGACACCAAAAUCUUAAUCCACAAUCGAACAUAGCUCGCAGCUCCGGCGACACUCGGCGGUCCCGGCAACGAUGAGAACAGAUUAUGGGCCAAUAGGUGGAAGGUGUUUCUCCUGCUCAGAAGCUUCUGUAAGAGCAGCCAGUUUGUCACCGUGCUCAUCUCGCUACAACUACAAAGCAUUUUCAAAUAUCAAAAUUGUUUCUCUGAAAUUCACCUUCAGGAGGAUGUCUUUAGUGUGCAAGGCGGGUUCAAAUGGUUUCACAGGAAACCUGGAAUUUUCAAGACAAAACAAACAUGGGUUUUCCCAAAGCAAGAACAAGCAAAAUGACAGAGAUAAUUGUGAUAGCCCUGACGAAGCCCGACGAUUUCUUUCAGAAAUUGGGCCAUUACUAUCUGGCCCCAGUGCCCCAAAGUUCCAACCUAAUGGAACACCUCCAGAACCAAGAAAAGAGGAGAAGGAUAAUGUUUUUGGAAAGUUGAAGGCUAAACUUCCACCGAGAGCAAAUUUCAAGAGAGAGAAGAAGGCGGAUGGGUUUCAAGGGCAUGGUGAUGAGGAUAGGGAUGUUCGUGCUGCCGUUGACCUUGUAAGGAAACACAUUUCUCAAAUAGGUGAGGCAUGUAAUAGUAAUGGUAGCAGCAGAGAUGACUUAUUGGACCAGUCUAAACACGAUGGUUUAUUUAACAAAGAGGAACACAUGAGCUCCCCUAAACUUGCAAGUAAACGCAUUACUCCAAUGGGGAACAAAAGUAGUGGAAAUGAUAGCAGCAGAGACUUCUUCUUGGACAAGUUUGAAACACUAGCUGGUUCAUCCGGCAAAGAGAAAAGCACAAGCUCCCCUCAGCUUGCAAGGAAACGCAUCACUCGAAUGGGGAGGAGAAGUAGUAGUAGUAACGGUAGCAGCGGAAACUUCUUGGACCGGUUUAAACAAGAUGGUUUAUUUGACGAAGAGAAAAGCGUGAGCUCCCCUAAGCUUGCGGGGAAAUUCAUUCCUCAAACAGGGAGGAAAAGUAUAAGUAAGGGUAGCAGCAAAGACUUCUUGUUGGACCAGUCUGAGCAAGAUGGUGUAAUGGACGAAGAGAAAAGCACGAGCUCCUUCGACUCCUCAAACCCUGGGGAACUGGAAUCCCCUUUCCUUAAACUUUUAAACAAACACAAUACUCCAAUGGGAAAGAACAGUAGGAGUAAAGGUUGCAGCAGAGACUUCACGUUGAACCACUCUGCACAAAAUGGUUCAGUUAACAAAGAGAAAAGCACAGCCUCUUUUGACUCAAACUACUUUGUGAAACGUGAAUCCCCUACCUUAAGCAGACCAGUAUCAAAUUUUCGACGUAGAUCUCCUAUCCCUAGAAUCAAAUUCGAGCUUAUUCGUUCUGAUUCUUUCACAGAUCCAAAUUUAGAUGGUAAAAGAGAGAGCACUCUUCUUGAGCAUGAAAAGCGAGAGGACUCUUCAGAUUUUGUUGUAGGUUAUAGUCACAAUGAAGCAGAACAGAAACAACCUGUAGAAGACGAUUUGAGUGCAAUGAAGCUGCCGGAAUUGAAAGCGCUAGCAAAGUCUCGUGGCAUGAAAGGGUUAUCAAGGCUCAGGAAACACCAGCUGUUAGAGUUGUUGAGUGGAGGUUCAACCUGAUUUCCGGAUGAACAAAGGAGAAGCCAAGUUGAAUAGAGGAAUUUCGCAUUCUGAGGAAAUGUCUGAGUCUUUUCAUGCGUGUGUUUCUGUAAUGAAACUUGUACCCUUUUCGAUCACUUUAGUUUGGCAAUUGAUGGUGUUUUUGCCGAUCCACUUGAGUAACCAUUUUUGUGUGGUUGAGCGAAUUUUGCAUAGUAAUCCUUGGUUGAGGUUAUGUAAACUUCUUUUCUUGUUCAUUAUUUUCUGUC